CGACUUCCACCAUGGCCAUUACACAGUUCCGACUUUUUAAAAUUUGUACGUGCCUGGCAGCAAUACUCUCUUUUUUCAAGAGAUUAAUAUGCAGGACUGGAAGAGGACGGAAACUAAGUGGUGACCAAAUAACUUUGCCAACUACCGUGGAUUAUUCAUCAGUUCCUAAGCAGCCAGAAGUAGAAGAUUGGUCUUCUUGGGAUGAAGAUGCUCCUACAAGUGUGAAGAUUGAAGGUGGCAACGGCACCGUGGCCAAUCAGCAAAAUGGUUUGGAGGAGAUGGAGCCAGACUACUUCAAGGACAUGACUCCCACAAUAAGGAAAACGCAGAAAAUUGUUGUUAAAAAGCGCGAACCCUUAAAUUUUGGCAACCAGGAUGGCAGUGCAGGGUUUUCUAGUAGAUUAGCAGCUACACAAGAUGUACCUUUUAUUCACCAGUCUCCGGAAUUGGGAGACAUGGAGACAUGGCAGGAAAACACGAAUGCCUGGGAAGAAGAGGAAGAUGCAGCCUGGCAAGCAGAAGAAGUUCUAAGGCAGCAGAAAAUAGUAGAAAGGGAAAAACGAGCAGCCGAGCAGCAGAGGAAGAAAAUGGAGAAGGAAGCCCAGCGGUUGAUGAAGAAGGAUCAAAAUAAAAUUGGAGUGAAACUGUCCUAACAUCACUCAUCCU